AUGAUGCUCCUAAACGCCAGCAGUCUUCAGCUCCAUGAGUUCUUCGGCUACAGCAUCCCAAUCUACGCAAUCCUCUCGCACACCUGGGAAGAAGACGAGGUUACCCUGCAAGAUAUCGCCAGUUCUUCUUAUGCUUUUAGGAAGGGGUUCGCCAAGGUCCGCGCAUGUUGUGCCCAAGCCCUCCGGGACGGCUUCACCUGGGUCUGGAUUGAUACGUGCUGCAUCGAUAAAACAUCGAGUGCCGACCUCUCCGAAGCCAUCAAUUCCAUGUUCCGCUGGUAUCAAAGCGCGACUGUCUGCUACGUCUACCUGAGCGACCUGCCGGCUCAGAAGCCUGGCCGGCUGGACUACUUGGCAUUCAAGUCUACCAAGUGGUUUACGAGAGGCUGGACCCUCCAAGAGCUACUUGCGCCCAGGCUCAUCGAAUUCUAUGACUGCGACUGGAACGAAGUUGGAACCAAGUCCUCCCUCGAGUACCUCUUGCAUAACAGGACGGGAAUCCGACGUGACAUUCUUUCGCACGACACCUCAAUAUCAUCUUUGCCCGUAGCCGAACGCAUGUCUUGGGCUUCGAAAAGGAAGACAACGCGACAGGAGGACAUCGCUUAUUGCCUCUUGGGCAUUUUCAACAUCCAUAUUCCACUUUUGUACGGAGAAGGUGAUCGAGCUUUCGUCCGUCUCCAGCAAGAGAUCAUACGCAAUUCGGAAGACAUGAGCAUUCUCCUCUGGACGCAGGUAUACCCUCUAAGAGGCCAAUCAGGCGUCCUUGCACAAAGUCCUGCCGCUUUC